GCCUGAGGAGCCCUGCCCUGUCCCGUUUAGACAAUGCCCUGGAGCCGCCAGACCGCCGAGCCCCUGCCCCACCGGAGCACUGGCCCUAGCCUACCCAGGGACUCCUCGCAGCCAAAGCUCCAGCUCCCAAGGCUCGAGGAGCGGGGCUCUUCUCCGCCAACUCUGUCCUCACGGGGGUUGGGACCCCAGCCGAGAUCACAGAGCGGCAGGAGCGGGGGUGGGCGCUGGAGGUGAGUCUGGAGCGGGCGGUGUUCCCCGGACUGUGUUGGGGCCGGGAUCGGGGUACCGGGCCCGUGCCUGCGCGGACAGAGUGCGGGGCGGGGGGCGGGGGACGGCAUUUGAGUUGCGGAGCUGAAUGGGGUGGACUUUGGGGAAGAUAGAGCGGGAGGGAAGGGAAGGGUCCCGGAGCCUGGAGCGGCGCCCGCCGCCCGGAACCACGCCCCCCGUUUCCCCGCCCUUCGGAUUUCGUUUGGACGCUCCCAGUCCUCCGGGACGAGGUCUGGUUCAGGCUGGGUCGCGCUGGGAGCGGAGUGCCCCGCUGGGUGGAGACGAUAUUUAACUCCUCCUCGCCCUUCUCGCCCUUUCUCAUUUGGCCCCUAGACUUCCAUGCCCCAGGCCCUCUCUCCCCAGCUGCCUCCUGCCCCACAACCCUAGUGGGUUCCUCGCCGCACUUCGGGUCUGCACGGCGCGGAGCCGCGGAGGGUUAAGGGGGCGGGGCCGCUGCAUUUUUGGGGAGUGAGCGCAUCCUAGCGGCUGCCAAGAGGGGCACCGGGCAGGAACCUCACGAAGCCCCCGAGCAGGGGCAACAGGUGUUUUGGAGAUGACGGGAUCCUGCUCUUGCUCCUCGGACUCCCCCUAAAGAAGCAGAUCGCCACGGUGCGGGCGUUGGGUGGGCAGCCGAGGAAGCUGAAGAAAGAGGAAACUGAGAAGUCAGCGCUGCCGGAGGGGGCGACUGUGUGGAUGGGAUGGGGACGCCGGGGGAGGGGCUGGGCCGCUGCUCCCACGCCCUGAUCCGCGGGGUCCCGGAGAGCCUGGCGUCGGGGGAGGGUGCGGGGGCUGGCCUUCCUGCCCUGGACCUGGCUAAAGCACAGAGGGAGCACGGGGUGCUGGGGGGUAAGUUGAGGCAGCGAUUGGGGCUUCAGCUGCUAGAACUGCCUCCUGAAGAGUCGCUGCCGCUGGGACCGCUGCUCGGCGACACCGCCGUGAUCCAAGGGGACACGGCCCUGAUCACGCGGCCCUGGAGUCCUGCCCGCAGGCCAGAGGUGGAUGGAGUCCGCAAAGCCCUCCAUGACCUGGGGCUCCGUAUUGUGGAGAUGGCGGACGAGAACGCGACGCUGGAUGGCACUGAUGUCCUCUUCACGGGCCGGGAGUUUUUCGUGGGCCUCUCCAAGUGGACCAACCACCGAGGAGCCGAGAUCGUGGCCGACACGUUCCGGGUGAGCAGCGGGGCCAGCCUCGGGGAGGGCCUGGGAGGGCAGCCAGGCCCGGGUGCAGAGGCUCUGAGACUUGAAUGCUGCCUCUUUCCUCUACACCAGGCCAUGGCGGUGCUGACGGACCACCCCUACGCCUCCCUGACCCUCCCAGAUGAUGCAGCCGCUGACUGUCUCUUUCUGCGUCCUGGGUUGCCUGGUGUGCCCCCUUUCCUCCUGCACCGUGGAGGGGGGGACCUGCCCAACAGCCAGGAGGCACUGCAGAAGCUCUCUGAUGUCACCCUGGUCCCUGUGUCCUGCUCUGAACUGGAGAAGGCAGGUGCUGGGCUCAGCUCCCUCUGCCUGGUGCUCAGCACACGCCCCCACAGUUGAGGGCCUGGCCUUGGGGUCUUGGCUGGUCAGGGAUAGGGCAGUAUAGGGAGUAGAAGGGGAAGGAGGAUUAGACAAAGGAUGGUGAAUAGUGGGAACAGGGUCCCAAGGUAGGGGGGGGCAUAGUGUGGGGAAAAGGAGAGAGAUCAUUGGGUGAGUCUUCUCUCCCAGAACUAAUAAAAUAGAACUGACCUUUCCGA